GAGCGGCGCGGCAGCCCGCCCUCCUAGCCCUGGCCGGCAACUCCUGCCUGCCGUCGUCUGCUGCUGCCGCCACGCAACAUGUCGCCCGUCACCGCCUCAGUACCGCACACGCUCCGCGCUGGGAGAGACACGCCGCGCCGCGCCCCGAGCCUAGUGCCACCAAACGCCGUGCUGAACCGUGCUUGAGGAGGUGCUGCUCGGCACCAACCGUCCUGCUCACGCGACCCGCCACACGCCAGGCCCCAGCGCCGAGCCGCGUCGCCGCCCUCACCACUUUGUGCUACAAAACACAGUUUUGACAAAAUAUUCCCAGUAGGACAAGUGCCCGUCUUCCUUUAAAGGUCAAAAUGGAGCCCCGUAGAUUUGGUCUCCGCCCCGUUAACUCAAAUACCCCCAGAGGCGCCCCUGCCCCCUCCAGUACCCCCGGCAGCGCCUCCUCUAGGAUACCAAGGGCGUGGAAGCCUCAAGGACCGCAGCAGACGCAAGGGAAACCAAGCAGGAUACUGAAGAAGGAGGAAAAGGAUGAACUAUUGAGGAAAUUGACACCCAUGCAAUAUCGAGUAACACAGGAGAAGCUGACGGAGAGGCCGUACUCCAACAAGUACUACAAGCACUGGGAGCGCGGGGUGUACUCCUGCGUGGUGUGCGGGGAGGAAUUGUUUCAGUCACACACUAAGUACGACUCGGGUUCAGGCUGGCCCUCCUUCUACGACAUCAUCGACAAGGACAAAGUUUCGCUCAAGCAGGAUCUGUCCCACGUGGGCGCCAACCUGCUGCUGCUGGUGUGCAAUCCUUCCCUGGCGCGCACCGAGGUGAGCUGCUCCACGUGCGGCGCCCACGUGGGCCACCUGUUCGAGGACGGCCCCAAGCCCACCGGCAAGCGGUUCUGCGUCAACUCAGCGUCUCUUGAGUUUCGACCGCAGGGCCCCGUCAGCCUGCUGCCUCUGGACCAGACCCAGCAGCAGCAGCAGCAGCAGAAGACGUGGUCACCGCCUGCCGAGCCCCUGGUGCACCUCGCCUCGCCCACCAACUCGUGCUCCCUCGGGGCGCGCAUGUGUUUCCGAGUGUCCAACAUGGACGCCUGCGAGGCCACGCCGCCACAGUCCUGAGAC